GGUGACAAUGGGAGCUGCGCGGGCGGCGCCGGGAGGCAGCUGACAGGCGUCUGCGGCUUCGCUUCAUGGCCGCUUUCCUGCCCCGCCUGGGCUCUGUGGGUAGCGGGGCGGCCCGCGGCGGCCGGGAGCCGGAGCUGGCGAGCCGAGCGGAGACCUGUGCGCGGCGCCGCUGAGGCGCAGCAUGUGAAGAAGAGACGGCAUCCAGUGCGAGGCGAGCCUCUCAGCCGGCCGGGAUGGCCACGACGGCCGAGCUCUUCGAGGAGCCUUUUGUGGCAGAUGAGUAUAUUGAACGUCUUGUAUGGAGAACCCCAGGAGGAGGCUCUAGAGGGGGACCUGAAGCUUUUGAUCCUAAAAGAUUAUUAGAAGAAUUUGUAAAUCAUAUUCAAGAACUCCAGAUAAUGGAUGAAAGGAUUCAAAGGAAAGUAGAGAAACUAGAGCAACAGUGUCAGAAAGAAGCUAAGGAAUUUGCCAGGAAGGUGCAAGAGCUCCAGAAAAGCAAUCAGGUUGCCUUCCAACAUUUCCAAGAACUAGAUGAGCACAUCAGCUAUGUAGCAACCAAGGUCUGUCACCUUGGAGACCAGUUGGAGGGGGUAAACACACCCAGACAACGGGCAGUAGAGGCUCAGAAAUUGAUGAAAUACUUUAAUGAGUUUCUAGAUGGAGAAUUGAAAUCUGAUGUGUUUACAAAUUCUGAAAAGAUAAAGGAGGCAGCAGACAUCAUUCAGAAGUUGCACCUAAUUGCCCAAGAGUUACCUUUUGAUAGAUUUUCAGAAGUUAAAUCCAAAAUUGCAAGUAAAUACCAUGAUUUAGAAUGCCAACUGAUACAGGAGUUUACUGGUGCUCAAAGAAGAGGUGAAAUCUCCAGAAUGAGAGAAGUAGCAGCUGUUUUACUCCAUUUUAAGGGUUAUUCCCAUUGUGUUGAUGUUUAUAUAAAGCAGUGCCAGGAGGGUGCUUACUUGAGAAAUGAUAUAUUUGAAGAUGCAGCAAUACUCUGUCAACGGGUGAACAAACAAGUUGGAGAGAUCUUUAGUAAUCCAGAAACAGUACUGGCUAAACUUAUUCAAAAUGUAUUUGAAAUCAAACUACAGAGCUUUGUGAAAGACCAGUUAGAAGAAUGUAGGAAGUCUGAUGCAGAGCAGUAUCUCAAAAGUCUCUACGAUUUAUAUACAAGAACCACAAAUCUUUCCAGCAAGUUGAUGGAGUUUAACUUAGGUACUGAUAAACAGACUUUCUUGUCUAAGCUUAUCAAGUCCAUUUUCAUUUCCUAUUUGGAGAACUAUAUUGAAGUGGAGACUGGAUAUUUGAAAAGCAGAAGUGCUAUGAUCCUACAGCGCUAUUAUGAUUCAAAAAACCAUCAAAAGAGAUCCAUUGGCACAGGAGGUAUUCAAGAUUUGAAAGAGAGAAUUAGACAGCGUACCAACUUACCACUGGGGCCAAGUAUCGAUACUCAUGGAGAGACUUUCCUAUCCCAAGAAGUGGUGGUUAAUCUUUUACAAGAAACCAAGCAAGCCUUUGAAAGAUGUCAUAGGCUCUCUGAUCCUUCUGAUUUACCAAGGAAUGCCUUUAGAAUUUUUACCAUUCUUGUGGAAUUUUUAUGUAUUGAACAUAUUGAUUAUGCCUUGGAAACAGGACUUGCUGGAAUUCCUUCUUCAGAUUCUAGGAAUGCAAAUCUCUACUUUUUGGAUGUUGUGCACCAGGCCAAUACUAUUUUUCAUCUUUUUGACAAGCAGUUUAAUGAUCACCUUAUGCCACUAAUAAGCUCUUCUCCUAAGUUAUCUGAAUGCCUUCAGAAGAAAAAAGAAAUAAUUGAACAGAUGGAGAUGAAAUUAGAUACUGGCAUUGAUAGGACAUUAAAUUGUAUGAUUGGACAAAUGAAGCAUAUCUUGGCUGCAGAACAAAAGAAAACAGAUUUUAAGCCAGAAGAUGAAAACAAUGUUUUGAUUCAGUAUACCAAUGCCUGUGUUAAAGUAUGUGCUUAUGUAAGAAAACAAGUGGAGAAGAUUAAAAAUUCCAUGGAUGGGAAGAAUGUGGAUACAGUUUUGAUGGAACUUGGAGUACGUUUUCAUCGACUUAUUUAUGAGCAUCUUCAACAAUAUUCCUAUAGUUGUAUGGGUGGCAUGUUAGCAAUUUGUGAUGUUGCUGAAUAUAGGAAGUGUGCCAAAGACUUCAAGAUUCCUCUGGUAUUACAGCUUUUUGAUACUCUGCAUGCACUUUGCAAUCUUCUGGUAGUAAACCCAGAUAAUUUAAAGCAAGUCUGCUCAGGAGAACAACUUGCUAAUCUGGACAAGAACAUUCUUCACUCCUUCGUACAACUUCGUGCUGACUAUAGAUCUGCCCGCCUUGCUCGACAUUUCAGCUGAGGUUGAAUUUACAAGGGCAGUGUGUUGUACUUCAGCAGGCCUUGGUUGGUAGAAAGCACAGGCGGUUUCUUAUGACACAGCCAACAUUUUAUUGAAAAAUGACUGUUUAGAAAAACAGCAGCCAUACUUACCCUUGAGAUUUUAUUUGAUAUUUGGACACUACUAAGCAUAUUUUGCUCUUUUCCCUUAAGUUGAAUUUUAAUUCCGUUUUUGAACUUAUAAAUUUCAGACUCUGUAAAGCUAUAUGUCAUUGUUUUCAUCCUGGAAAAUGUUGGUGUCAGAAGGCAAAUGAGAUGUUACCAGUGUUCUGGUUCAUGUUCUUUAACAUAGUCCACUGGGAAAUUUCACCAUCCUGUUUUGCACUAAAGAUGGGUAAAAUCCAACAAAACUACAUUUAUUAUUUAUCAAUUUUCAGUGACCUUUUCAGCACUGGUAAUUGUGAAUCAGAUUAUUUUAGGUUUUCCUAGAGAACUUUUUGCUUCUUUCAGAAGGUUAAUUAACAAUUGGGCAUAAUUUUUAUAGUUGGUUGAUUGGAUUUUUCUGAGGUACAACAGUAAUACUAUUCCAAGAAAAAUGUUAUAAACAAAACUAAAAUUAUGAAAUGUUUUAUGUAGGUAUUAGCAGUGGAUCAGAAUACAUCUGCUUUCUGGGUAAAAAAAAACUUAAAUGUUUACAAUUUCUUAUUUGGUAAACAGAUUUUUAAGCCAAUGCUAGCAAGAAAUUAAUAAAAUUACCUUAUUUUAUAUUUCGCUUAAGAUAAGGUGGAGGAUCUUAACUAAAGGACCAUAUUUAUUCAUUAUUUUAAUAUUAUAAGGGAAGUAAAAAAAUGAGGUAUAGUCUAAAUGGUGCAUAUGAGAAGUAUUGACAGUGUUUAGCAACAAUGCAGUCCUUUAAGAUUUCUACCUUUAUGCAAAACUGGAAUAAGAUGGAAUGGCUAAACAUGCAGGUAGUCUUCUAUUUUAAGAGGAAUUGGGAAUUGAUAGUUAACAUUAUAUUCUAAGUCUCGAGAUAAACUUUGCAAGGACUAGUUGCUUUUUAAAUCUUUAGUUUCUGUCAUUACCUUUUUCAGGGCAUUUCUGAAGCGAUUCCUACUGAAUGUAGUUAAUUGAAUUGGCUUAAUAUGGUGGCAUAAUAAAUCACUUAUAAAAUUUUAAACAUCAAGCAGAAAUUUAGAAAGAUCUUUACUCUAAAAACUAUAAACUUGCUCUGUGAGAACGCAUUCUUAGCUAUAUGUAGUGUUUCAGCUUUCAUUGUGUUUUUCAUAGUCUUCAGGAACAGAUAAACUUUAAUGUUCAACUCAUUCUUGACUUUUCUUUUUCCUUUAAUGUAGGCUUUUUGGCCUAAUUUUGGAAAACUAAUUUUAAGAAUAUGUUUCUGAAUGUUCAUCAACUUUACCAAAACUUCCAGGUCCAGAGCAAGGUAGCUACUGUUUAAAGUUACUAUUGACUGAAUUUUCUUCAUUUUCUGUUUAGCCCAGUGUUAUCAGGGUAAGCAAGAGAAAUGAAGUAUGCCAACUUCUAUCAAAGUAUUUUAGGAAAGUAUGGCAGCUUUAGAAGGCUGUCUAGUUUUCUAUUCCUUAGCCAAAGGAAAGCCAGAACAGGUUUUGGAUACUAGAGAAAGUCAUAUGCUUGUACUAUUGCCAUUUUAGAAAGCUCUGAUGUGAAUUCAAAUUAUACCUCUGUUACUUAAAGCCAACAAUUUUAAAGCAGUAGUUUUACUGGCCACUUGAACUCUUUGUACACAGUGUCAAUUUGUAAAAAAAUUAAAAAGGGAAAAAAAUAUCAAAUAAAACAUGAGAGAACACUUUAAGACUUCGAAAUCAGAAAAGUGCUUCAGAUUAUUUUGUUUGGAUUAAUUUUUUUAAUGUAAAACAUAUAUUUGUUGCUUAGAUAUUUUGUUAAUUAUUAUUUCCAUGUUUGAGUUCUGUGCAAUAUUUUCCAUUAUGUCCAUUGACAGCAGUAACAGAAAACUCGUGACUUCUUAAUUUAGAAGUGUUAACAUUAAUGCUCAAUAAACAAAUUCCCUGCAA